AUGACAACACACCAAAAUGGCACCACCUUCAUUGAGAUUUCAGACUUCCUCCUAAAUUGCUUUGUCAAGUCACCCAGCUGGCAGUUUUGGCUGUCCCUGCCCCUCAGUGUCCUCUGCCUCCUGGCCAUGGGGGCCAACGCCACCCUCCUGCUCACCAUCUGGCUGGAGGUCUCUCUGCACCAGCCCAUGUACUACCUCCUCAGCCUCCUCUCACUGCUGGACAUGGUGCUCUGUCUCACAGUCAUCCCCAAGGUCCUGGCCAUCUUCUGGUUUGAUCUCAAGACCAUCAGUUUCUAUGCCUGUUUCCUUCAGAUGUUCAUUAUGAAUUGCUUCCUUGCCAUGGAGUCCUGCACAUUCAUGAUUAUGGCCUACGACCGUUAUAUAGCCAUCUGCCAACCACUGAGGUACCCAUCCAUCAUCACUGACCAAUUUGUGGCCAAGGCUGCCAUUUUUACUUUAGCCAGGAGUGUCUUUCUUACAGUGCCUAUCCCUUUUCUCUCAGCACGGCUCUAUUACUGUGAGAGAAAUGUCAUUGAGAACUGUAUUUGUGCCAAUAUGUCUGUCUCCAGGCUCUCCUGUGAUGAUGUGACCAUCAAUCGCCUUUACCAGUUUGUGGGAGGCUGGACUCUGUUAGGAUCUGACCUUAUCCUCAUCUUUCUCUCCUACACCCUAAUUCUACGAGCUGUGUUGAGACUCAAGGCAGAGGGUGCUAUGGCCAAGGCCUUAAGCACAUGCGGUUCCCACUUCAUCCUCAUCCUCUUUUUCAGCACCAUCCUUCUGGUCUUUGUUUUGACUCAUGUACUGAAGAAGAGCGUCUCCCCAGAUGUGCCAGUCCUGCUCAAUGUCCUCCAUCAUGUUAUCCCUGCAGCCCUCAACCCCAUUGUUUAUGGAGUUCGAACUCAGGAGAUCAAGCAAGGAAUCAAGAGGUUAUUGAGGAAAGGGUGGUAA